AGUGUGGCCGCGGCCGUUGGCGGGUGAGCAGGUGGGCGUCGUCGCCGCCCGAGUGCCGGGGCUGGAAUGGCUCCGCUGCGUGACAAUCGGUGGCUCAUUGACCCGGUGGCUCCGCCAGACCACCUCGUGGCAUGAUAUCAGGACGUAAUAAACACUUUACAGCAAGACUUUGAUCAAUCUUACUUCAGUGUGUCGAGGAUCCCACCCAAUCCAGGACCCGCCCCGCCUUCCUGGUGUCCAUUCACGCCCCGUCCCGCCCAGUGCCUCUGCCGUGCCCCCGCCGCGCCAGGCAGUUGCCGUGCGGGCCAUGGCGGGCCGCGUGUAGUCAAGGCGCCGCGUGGCCGGGCAGAACGCGGCCUGUCACGCCCCAUGUAGAGGCGACUUCCUAACGCCACAGUCACACCUGCGACAGGAUCAUCGCUCGUAUACCAGAGGUGAUGUUCGCGUGGUGGAUCUCCUGGCUGUGGGCGUGGAUGCUGUGGGCGUGCAUGGGCGGCGUGGGGGCCUUAUGGACGGAGGGAAUGGAUCCUGAGGACCUAUUAGGACCCGAGGGGAUAGACAUUGACGUGGAGGGGGUGCACGUGGGUCCCGGCAUGGGGGGAUCCGCCAUUCAGAUCAUGGGAGGAGAGCCGGAGAGGGCACAGCGCUUCGCCACGCAGCCCACGCCUCAGACGGCUGUGAUUGGCUCCACCGUGGUGCUUCCCUGCAGUCAGGGUCAUCAACAAAAUGGGUCACCUGCAGUGGACCAAGAACGGCUUCGGCCUCGGCACGGAGAGGGAGCUGUUCGGCUUCUCCCGCUACGCCAUGAUAGGCUCCGACGAUGAAGGAGACUUCAGCCUCAGGAUCCAGCCGGUGAAUCUCCUGGAUGACGGGCUGUACCAGUGCCAAGUAAGUGCCAGUGAUGGAGUGCCAGGAAUACGCUCCCGUGCCGCGCGCCUCACCGUCCACGUGCCCCCUGACCCGCCCGUCCUCACCCCUGCCGCCCUUAACGCCACCGCCGGGGUCCCUGUCACUCUAGUCUGCGAGAGCUCGGGAGGACGCCCAGCUCCUGAGAUUCAGUGGAUGGACAACAGUAAGCGGGAGACCAUUCGUACGGGGUCUUCGGUGGAGACACAGCCCCUGGAGGAUGGCAUGCGGGUGAGGGUUCGAUCCCACCUCACCUUCACCCCACGGAGGGCACACCAUAAUUCCUCCCUCACCUGCCUCACCUCCAAUCAGGCCCUCAGCUCCCCUCUUACCAGCACCGUCCACCUCAGCGUCUACUUCCCCCCGGAGGUGCGUCUGAGGGCCCGCUCGCCGCUCUUGGUGGAGGGAGACGACGCCACCUUCGUUUGCUCCGCCAAGGCCAACCCCGAUGUCCUCACCUACAGGUGGUACCAUAAUAGUGAGAUUCUGCCCAACGAGACGUCCCGCACACUGACGCUGCGGAGGAUAACCCGCAGCUUCCACCAGGACAGCGUGUCGUGCGAGGUGUCCAACACGGUGGGCUCAGCCAAGAAGACCCUCAAUGUGCAGGUGCAGUACGGCCCCGCCUUCCGCACGCUGCCCAGGGACGUGAUGGCGGAGACGGGGAAAGAAGUGACGCUCCGCUGUGACGUGAACUCUCAUCCCCCUCCCACCAUCACCUGGCUACGAGAGGCCUCCACGCAGGUUCUCGGGACGGGCCGGGACCUGGUGGUGACGGUUGGGUCCACCACCGCCGGCCUGUACGUGUGUGUGGCUCGCGUGCGUGGGUUCCCUGACCUGCGGGGCACCGUGCGGGUCUUGGUGAAGGGCCCGCCGACCAUCGUGAGCGCCGGGGAGCAGGAGGGCCGCAUGGGGGACACCGUGAGCCUCGAGUGCAGCACCGUGUCCAUCCCCAGCCCCAUCAGAGUCACGUGGACUUACAACGGGAGGGAGAUCGACCUUAGCGACCCACGCUACGAGGUGAUGGUGGACCGGCAGGAGGAAGGACUUCGCAACGUGCUGGUGAUUCACGACGCAGACACACACGACUUUGGUGCUUACAACUGCUCCGUGGUGAACGAGUACGGGGUCGCCAGGAAGCAGAUCCGCCUCAACGAAGAGAAGAAGGUGCCGGUGGUGCUGGUCGCGGGCGGCGUGGCGGCUCUUGUCGUCCUCGCCCUUGUCGCCGCCUCCCUCCUCCUGUGCAACAAGCGACCUCCGCCAGCCAAAGAGGACACGGUGGUCUAGCCAUCGGAGGCCUGGAGGUGUCAGCCCCAGCCUGUGAGGGGGAGUGCCGGGGCGGGGCGCACCUCCCCACACCUGACUCGCACCGGGUCAGAGACCCCCCGCCGGGCGGCUUCGUGCUCACCACCACCAGUAAUAAUACAUAGUGAAAAACAAUGUUACCAAGUGUUGGAAUACCUGACCUGAGGCACUGAGGCCUGGUGGUGGAGGGACUACCGCCAUAAUGGAGAACUUGGAGGUGAAUCCUGGGUGGUGAGUGCGGCAGGCAGCUUUCUGGCCUGUGGCGGCCUGCCCGCCGCGGCAUGGCCUGCUGCUUGCUUCCCGCAGGUGAUGCUGGUCCACUGCCUCAUUCCAGCAGACCGCAGCCGUCCCGUCCACUCCCUCUUCACCCCCUCCGGCCGCCCACCCUCCUCUACACCCUUGCUCCAGCUGCCUCUGCUCGCUCAGGGCGGGUACGGCGCGAGUGGCUUAUUGAGUCCUGCUUGCAAGUCUGCUGCCGAUGAUCCGAUGGCCAGGGACUGCCUGGCAAUGGCCUGGCACUGGGGCAGGCUGGGCCUGGUCCGCAGCUGGCUGGCACUGUGCAGCGAAUGCAUCCCUCGUGUAAAUAGUGUACAGCAACUCCUUCGUUCCCACCUUUUGAUGUGUAGGCCACCCUGUGUGCGGGACACUGCAGGCGCCGCAGGCAGGUGAAGUGCGCCUGCCGUCCGAAGGGCAAGGCUACCUCGUGCUGGCAAGGAGAGAAGGAAGGAUGGCCGCCACGUGGCAAGGCGGCGUGCACACCUUUAUAGGUACCUCGGUCACCUCUGCCUCGCUAAAGAGUCCUGUGCAGUAACCAUGCCCUGUGUGUCUCAGUCUCGUCACCAGCUGCAUUCCUCGUACGAGUAGGGAGUUGUGUACAUAUCAUCUUUCCUUUGUUAUAAUAAAUAGUGAACUACAA